GGUGCUAGUAGUUUAGAUGGGCCUCGCUCAACGGUUGUGAGCGCACGCCGCAGCUCGCCGUACGGUGUUUGCUGUUGUGUUGGCUCAGCCCAAGUCAGGUCUUAAGUGCUGUUGUUAUUGUUCGGUCGUUGUUCGUCGUGUGAACCGUCAACAGUUGUAGAUGCAACAGUGAUUCGACGCCCGCGGUCUCGUCUCAUUAUAAACUAAACAGGCUAGGCACUGCCAGCCAGUUUACACUUUCGCGUGGUUCUAAAUACCGCCAAGACGCCUUCUCAAAAGAGCACGUUAGCCAGCAAGCUGCUAGCUUUCAUCCUGAAGCCCGGGAAGAAAAUCGAGAAGAUGAUUGGACCAAACUCAUCCGUUUCUACCUUGCGUCUGGCCCGCAGCAAACUGCGGAAGAGAGAUGACAACCAGAGCCCUCCGCCGCGGCAUCCUGUGGGCGUCGCAGCAGCAGCAGCAGCGACGACGACGACGACAACGACGACGCAGAUAACAGCUGUGAAUCACCUCAACUGCCAAUCUGUCGCUACGGUGUCUGCCCAGGUGACAACUACCAUCCUGCCGCCACCCGAGGCCUGCCCUGGGAGCACAGCAACGACAACAGUCUACCCUCCGCAGUUUCUGUGGCAAUUUCCACCACCCUACUCGCUGUACAGCAACAACCAGGACCCGCUCGUACACACCCUCCCUGCUGGUCAACCCGGAAUCUGCAGAGGAUUUAGGAAAAACCUGAGAGGCAGAUGGAGACGCCUUGUGAAGAGGAAACCUGCCAAUGAAGUGUACACAAUACCUGCAGAACUUCGGGACCAGUUGAAACAAAUUUAUGUAUAUUAAUACAAUUAGAUAUAUAAUGGACUGCAAAGUGCAGGUUUCUGGCGCUUAGCUGUGUCUGCAUCUCAGUGCGAACGAAGCUUUUUUAGUCAUGUUCAAAUACUGUGCAAAUGUCAAACCAAAAAGACAGUUGAGUCUGUUGUACUACAUACCAAUAUGGCCUUUCAAACCAUGAUAUUAUGAAACUGUAAAUAUGUGAUAUGUUUGUAAAGUAUUAUUCUGCCCACUUGUCUGAACUGUGAACUGCAUAUUCAGUUGGUGUGGCAGGAAAUCAUUGACUGUCAGCUCAUAUUGAGCUUGUUUAUCCUGAUUACAAUGGACUGCAGAAAGUGUUUACUUGUAAAUCAAGAUUGUCGCAUUUAUUGUCUGAAGUAUUUCAUAGCUGUUUAAUUCCAAAAUAUUUUCUAUUAAAUGCCUUGUUGCAUUUUAGAAAUUAAUGGCAAUGUCAGUUGUGAUUUCUCUCAGGGACAGUUGUACCUUUCUAAACUUUGUUGAAAGUGCUGAAAAUCCCUGAUAAGGAGAAUAGGAAUCCAUUCUUCCCAUGCCAACUGACCACUAAGUUAUUAUAGUCAAUAAACUGUAAAUAGUAAGACUAAGUUAAAUUUUAAUUUAAAAUAGACAUGGUGACAGUGUCUGCCAAAAUGUGAACUAAAACUGUUUUGUGAUAAAGAAUGGCAAAUGUUAUCAAAUAGAUGGAACUUGUUCAGUAUUCUAUGGCAGUAUAUACACCAGUUUUAAAAUUUAGAUCUGUCCUAUAUUGAACAUCAUUUGAAAUUUAUGAUCUGAGUCAUUCAUGUCAACCAUUCCAUCCAUCAAUGAGAAUAAAUAAAAUGUUAAUAUUGCA